CAGAGUAUAAAACAAAGCCGGAUUGGGGCGUCGGGCUCCCGUGUGCCUCGUGAGCCUCCGUUUCCUCGGGCGUUCGUUUCGCGCAACCUGCUGGGAGUUGUAGUCCCGGACCCGGGGGUGCCUGGGAGGCGGGAGGGGGGGGUUGGAGUUUCUCAGCGCCGAUUCCGCGGGAAGGGCCCAGGGGCCUCACACUUCGAAUCGCGGGAGCUGCGGGUCUUACUGGGAGAGACGCUGCACGUGGAGCCCGCGCCCCUGCUGUUCUCAGCCGGCUCUGGAGCGCGGGUGGGGGCCACGGGGCCGAUUCCGGAGCGGGACUGAGCUUUUGAAAUACUCCCAACCAUGACUAAAAGAGAAGCAGAGGAGCUGAUAGAAAUUGAGAUUGAUGGGACAGAGAAACCAGAGUGCACAGAAGAAAGUAUUGUAGAACAAGCCUACACCCCAGCUGAAUGUGUAAGCCAGGCUAUAGACAUCAAUGAGCCAAUAGGCAAUUUAAAGAAACUACUAGAACCAAGACUACAGUGUUCUUUGGAUGCUCAUGAAAUUUGCCUGCAAGAUAUCCAGCUGGAUCCAGAACGAAGUUUAUUUGACCAAGGAGUAAAAACAGAUGGAACUGUACAACUUAGUGUACAGGUAAUUUCUUACCAAGGAAUUGAACCUAAGCUAAACAUCCUUGAAAUUGUUAAACCUGCGGAAACAGUUGAAGUAGUCAUUGAUCCAGAUGCCCAUCAUGCUGAAGCAGAAGCACAUCUUGUUGAGGAGGCUCAAGUAAUAACUCUUGAUGGCACAAAACACAUUACAACUAUUUCAGACGAAACCUCAGAACAAGUGACAAGAUGGGCUGCCGCUCUGGAAGGUUAUAGGAAAGAGCAGGAACGCCUUGGGAUACCUUAUGAUCCUAUACAGUGGUCCACAGACCAAGUCCUGCAUUGGGUGGUUUGGGUAAUGAAGGAAUUCAGCAUGACUGAUAUAGACCUGACCACACUCAACAUUUCCGGAAGAGAAUUAUGCAGUCUCAACCAAGAAGAUUUUUUUCAGCGAGUGCCUCGGGGAGAAAUUCUAUGGAGUCAUCUGGAACUUCUUCGAAAAUAUGUGUUGGCAAGCCAAGAACAACAGAUGAAUGAGAUAGUUACAAUUGAUCAGCCUGUGCAGAUUAUUCCAGCAUCAGUGCAGUCUGCUACACCAACUACCAUUAAAGUUAUAAAUAGUAGUGCAAAGGCAGCUAAAGUACAAAGAGCUCCAAGGAUUUCAGGAGAAGAUAGAAGUUCACCUGGGAACAGAACAGGAAACAAUGGUCAAAUCCAACUGUGGCAGUUUUUGCUAGAACUUCUGACUGACAAGGAUGCUCGAGACUGCAUUUCUUGGGUCGGUGAUGAAGGCGAGUUUAAGCUAAAUCAGCCUGAACUAGUUGCACAAAAAUGGGGACAACGUAAAAAUAAGCCUACAAUGAACUAUGAGAAACUCAGUCGUGCAUUAAGGUAUUAUUAUGAUGGGGACAUGAUUUGUAAAGUUCAAGGCAAGAGAUUUGUGUACAAGUUUGUCUGUGACUUGAAGACACUUAUUGGAUACAGUGCAGCAGAGUUGAACCGUUUGGUCACAGAAUGUGAACAGAAGAAACUUGCAAAGAUGCAGCUCCAUGGGAUUGCCCAGCCGGUCACAGCAGUAGCCCUGGCCACUGCUUCCCUGCAGACGGAAAAGGAGAAUUGAGCCCAGGAUCUUCUGGGAGCCCGAGGUCUUUCUUAAAUAUUAGAGCAAGUAUUGCUCUUCCUUUAUUACUGAAUUUGAAUCUUCUUUUAUUUCUAGACUGUACAAUCUGACGCAUGAUUUUUUUAUAAAUAUUUCAUACUCCUGUGAAUUUGGAUCUUUUUACUUUGAGCAUAUAUUUUAGAAUACGUGUAUGUUAAGGAUCACCACAAUGUCUUCAGCACGAAGUCAGGUUCAUUGUGGGAUAGUUUGUUAACAGUCAGGAAAGCUAAACUGGUCAGUAUUAAUGUCUAGCCCUACCAAAAAUAGCCAGUAGCAUCUGAGGAUGAAAAAUAAAUGAAGUAUCUCCAGGAAACAGUCUGGCUUAACUAUUUUUGAAAAUAUAACUGUUUCCCUUCUCUGCUGCUUUAGAUGUUGCUUUACAUAGAACCAGAAAAUGGAAUUUUUCAUAGCUAAAGCAUGUGUGCCUGUUUCAUCUAAUCAAGCAGAGCUAAAAUAUUCAUAUCGAAUAAAAUUAUAAUAUUAAUAAAUUACUAAACUGAGAGUAUCAAGUUAUUAAAAUAAUUUAUAUAUUUGCAAGCAAGGACAAUAAGAAGUCGACUGGCAGAAGAGCAUUGCUGCAGAAGGAGAUCCAGGUUGAAAUCUGGCUUAACUCAAGCUAAUUUUAAGGAUUUUCUGUAUAGAUUAUUCAUAAUGUCAGGCCAAGAAUUUAAAUUAUUUAAGAGAGGCAUUUAAUUCUAAUAAACCAACUAUUACAAAAAUUCUGAAAUGAUCUCUGUUUUUCCUGUCAGAGAUUUAAAAAACAAAAAGUAUAUACCUCAGCCAGAAAAUAAAAGUUUAGUUUGGUUUGGUAUGGCUUGCUUCCUUUCUUUUUUAAAAUUGUCCUAUAUUGCCAGUGUAUUGUGCAAAAGCAUAAUAGUCAUUGUGUUUCUGAUGAAAUGAAGACUUUAAAUCAGUAAGCAGUACUUCACCUUUCAAGACAAGAGCAAAUUACUUGCCAGUAGUUUUAAAAAGAAAUUCUCCAGUAUAGGCAGUCUUCUCUCAAAACAAAAUUUCCCAUUUACUUAAUUUCUUCCUUUUGAAUAUUAUAUAUGUGUGAGUAUAAAUAUCUUUGUACAUGUCCAGUUGACAACUAUACACAUAUAUAUGAAGAUAUAAUGGUAGUCAAAAGGAAAGAUGUAUUAAAACAUAAUAACUCAUUUAAAAAAUGUUUUAAUUAUAUGAUUCUCAUAUAUGAAACUCUUAUCACCAGCUAACACUAAACAGAGAUGGCUAGAAAUGUCUUUCUUUUUUGCUUGCUUGCUUUUUUUCUUUUUGUUUUAAGGUAUUAUACACGAAUCAUGAGAUACUGGCAAAGAGCUUUUAAUCCUCUUAGGGCAGAAGGUUGAUUCUCACACAUUACUUUAUGCACCUUCUUCCUCAUCAUUUCCUUUAAAUCCAUCCCCCUAAACAGCUUUAUAAGAGCUCAGUUGAUGCUUCUGACUAACCGGAGGAGAGGGCCAUGGUUAUAAGUCAAGGAGGCAUUGCUAGCGGUCUCUGUACUGGUCCCAGAUAGUGGUCUGGAAUGAACCAUAAGGCAGGGAUCCUAGGAAAAAGCAGGAGAGGAAGGAUCUCUGGUUUUCUUCUCUGGUAACCUCAAAUCAUAACUUGAAGUGCUGGGCUGUAGGACUGCAAUGUGUAAUAUCAGUUCAUUUAUAUGCUUAAGUCAUUUAAGACCCUGCAGUGGAUGCCUAAAAAGAGUAAAACUUGUAACUUGUAUUUUUACCUUUCUAUAAACACAUAUGGAAUAGACUGACAAACUAUUAGUUUAAUUUGGGCACUGACUACAAGAAUAUCUGAGUAGAAUAACCAUAUGAAAUAAUAUAUAGAAGCUCUAUGUUCAGAACAAAUAGAUCACCAAAAAAAAGGUUUUGCUGCACCGUCUUGCAGUCUGGGGAGUUGACAAGUCCUCAUAGUUUUAAAAAAUACAAUAAAAUAAACUGUUCUGGUAUGUUAGCAAGAGCUUAAAAUUUUUGACUUUAAUAUUUAAAAUGCUUUUGGGAAGACAUUAUUUUAAUGUUUUAGGAAAGGUGACAGACUUCAUGUUGCAACUGUAUGUAUAUGUAUAUAUUUUAAGGCAAGGAACACCCACAUUUCUUUUAGAUCUCCAAAGUCAAACUAUUGCUGUUUCUCCUUUAAGCAUUCCUUAGAUUCCUUUUUCCAAGAACACAUUCUCUCCAUUUUUCUUCCUUUGGCAGUUUUUAUUUUAUUCCCCAUUAUAACUUGAACAAAGAUCAUUCUCAUACAGGAUCAGGUGCUAUUUCUUUUUUCUUUUGCUUCUUCAUCUGUCACCAUCAUUUUAUGCAUCAGAACAUAGGUGAAUUCAAGAGACUGAUUUCCCCAAUUGAUUCAGGAAGCUUCAGUUAUUUUUUCUCAACUUAAACUGUUUUCAUUGUCCUUAUUGAGGUUACGAUCCUCAGAAAGCCAGGAAUCUUUUCUUUUAUUGGAAGAGAACUUGCGUUGUAAAAGAAAAUAUAAUUCAUGCUAUUCAUUCUUUGCUGUUUUUAUGAAUAAAUUUUCCAUAGGGGAAUUUACAGUGUAUUUAAAGGAAGAAAGAUAAAAUGAUUGGUCAUCUUUUGUACUAAGUACAGAAAUAAGGAAAUGUCCAUUUUUGUUUUAAAACUUCUUUUCCCCAUGAGGUUCUCAUUGAGCCAACUUUCAUAUGUAUCUAGCCUGAAGUUUGGAAAUUUGUGUUGAUAUCGGAAAAUCAGACAUAUUAAACAGAAUUGCUAUGUGUGGUUGAUCUUCAUAUGGAUCGACUCAUCAUAUCACAUUAAUUUUGUAUCAAUCCAUGUCAGUUAAUUAGGGAAAUGGUUUAGUUGUUUUUCUCUCCCGAUUAAUGGUGAAACUCAAGUGUGAUAUUUCUUUAAAGGGUUGUGCCUCCAAAUAUUUUUGGUGAGGUUGGCUGUUUUCCAUGUUCAUCGUUUUAUGCUACUGCCUUUUAAAAAGAACUAGUGUAUCUUUGAAAUAGCACAAAAGUGUUUUAAAAUUCAUAAUUAUAAAACAACCUGUGACUAACUUAAUGUCUUCACAUCUAGGAGGUGUAAAAAUACUGAUAUUUCAGUGAUACUUCACUUGCUGCCAGAAAAAAAUAUUCUCAGUCUUUUGUAAAAGGAAGGAGGAUUUUUGCAUACAUUUUUACUCUUUAAAUAAAGACACUUAUACAGUCAUAAUAACGAUUAUGUAUUGCUUUGUGGUUUUUAUUUUUUUUGUAAUUUUACAUGGAACAGUUAUUUUCUAUUUUUACUCAGAUAAAAAAUAUU